AUGGAGGUUUUUGAAGAGAAGCUAAGAUUUUUGAGAGGUUUCCUCAACUUCACAUCCAAAUGGUGCAUUGAAAGUGAAAAGUUGAAAAAACUUUUAACUCGCAUUGGAACUAUGGCUGACAAUGCAGCACAUCUCUCUUACUGGUGCUUUGUUGAUGAAACAAAGGAGCAGAUGGCCAAUGAAGUGAAACUUAUUACUUCUUAUCUGUUGGAAAUGAUUAUACCUAUUGAUAUUGAAGUGAGGGAGAUUUAUCCCCAAGUUUUGAAGGCUUCUGAGUCAUCACUACCAGAAACUCCCACCAGGUAUGAGCUUAUUAUGGCUUUUUUUGGUGCUCUCAUGGCAAAUUUGAUGGAUCUGCACAAUGGCAAGGUUCGUGGGAUGUUUACUAGAUGGGAGUCAUGGCAAAUUCAGACCCUCUGCUGGGGCCUUAGGUUUCUGAAAGUAAUGAUAAAAGAUCUGUCAGACCAGUGUAUUGAGCAUAGCAAAUUGAAUAAUUUGUUGAUAUAUAUUGAAACUGAAGUCAGAAAGAUAGGACCAGGCACAAGGAAAAUGAAUGUUGAGGUUCUCAAUUUUCUGGUAGUAAUUAAGCUGAUUAAAACAGAUAUCUAUCUGAAGGACAUGGAGAGCUCUAAGACUAUUUUGACAGUUUCUCUGAAGGAAGAAACUUCAACACUGAGCAAAGAGCUAAAAUCCCUCAUAACUGAUGUAUUAGGUUUGGUGGAUUACUAUGCCAAUCUAGACAAGUUGAAUGAUUACCUGAGACAUAUUGAAGCUGUGGGAGACCAACUGCAAUCAGUGAGCUAUCUGUUCUGUAUGCAAAAUGUGAAUGAAGAUACAGACAGUAUGAUGCAUUUUGCUAUGUUAGAAUUUCUGGUCAAGAUCAGGACUAUCAAGGCAGAGGUCAAUUUGGUGAAGCUUCUAGACAAGAUAUCUGGUUCAGUGGUUCCAGUGAAGGACAAAAUUGAAACCCUUCAAGAAGAGCUAGAAUUCCUAGUAAAUCAUCUAGGUCAGUAUUCUGAGACUGAGAAAUUGAAUGAUCUGUUGAUAGGCAUUGAUGAUAUAGUCACUCAGACAGGAACUACAAUUGAUUCAUUCAACUUAAAUGAGAUCAACAAAGAGAUUGCUAGCAAAGUGAAUAUUGGGAUUUCUGGUUUGCUGGAAAAGAUAGAGCUACUCAAGAAAAACAGUCAACAGAUCUGUCACAGAUUUCCAGAUUUAAAAAGAACUUAUGUUCCCAGGACUGCUGAGCUAGGCUUUAUUGAUUAUCUGGUAGAAAAACUUAAGCAGUUCGACUGCAAAGGCAAUGUCAUUUCCCAAUUAAAGAAUCAAAUUGAGAGAGUGCAAGGGGAGCUAAUGUCAGUGAGAUACUUAAUAGGAGAAGUGGCACAGGAGAGUAAUGAGCAUGAAGACUUGAAGGAUCUUUUUUCACGUUCACUAUAUGUCGCAUAUGAGAUAGAAUAUGUGGUUGGCUUGAGCGUCAGUGGCAUUGGGGACACAUUUUUGUGUCAUAGGUUAUGUAAUGCCACAGAAGAGAUUAUACUUACUAAGACUAAGAUCAUGGAGAUCUAUGAAAAGAAGAACGAGACCUCAUCAAACAGUUUCAUGAUAACGGAUAAAAUUCAAGGUGCUUCAAAUGUUAUCAGUGGAAUAGUUGAUGAUGUAGUUGUAGGUUUCAAGGAUGUGGUGGAAACAAUUCUGGAGAAACUUGUUCAAGGAUCAUCUCAGCGGGAUGUAAUCUCUAUUGUUGGCAUGACUGGAAUUGGCAAGACAACUGUUGCUAGGAAGAUAUACAAUAUUUGUGUCAAUAAUGACUGCUACUUUGAUGUUUGUUCAUGGUGUCAUGUUUCUAUGACAUAUGUAAAGAAAGAGUUGCUGGUUGAUCUCUUGUGUCAGAUUGUUGAGCUCCCUGAUAAAAUUGAUCGCAUGCCUGAAGAUGCUUUAUCUAACAAACUGAAAAAAGGUUUAAGGGGGAAGCGGUACUUAAUCGUCAUUGAUGAUAUAUGGAGUACUGAGGAUUGGGAAGACUUGCAGAGACAUUUUCCAGAUGACAAUACUGGAAGUAGAAUUAUCAUAACUACCCAAAUCAAUGAAGUGGCUCAGAAUGCCAAGAGUAGUAGUGACCCUCUUUUUCUUCGUUUCCUAGAAGAUAAAGAGAGCUGGAUGUUGCUGCAGGAGAAGCUGCAAUACGAAGAAAGCCAUCAACCUGGCCUAGUAGAUAUUGGUAAGCAAAUUGCAAAGAAAUGUCAUGGUCUACCACUUUCAGUUGUUUUGGUAGCAGGUCUCCUUUCAAGGGUAGAGAAGACACCAGGUUGUUGGAGACAAGUUUCUGAAAGUUUUAGUGUUGUGGGAGGCACAACAGACCCGGCAAUAGAAUUGAGUUACAAGCAUUUACCUGAACAUCUUAAGCGAUGCUUUCUUUAUUUUGGGGUGUUUUCUGAAGAUAAAGAAAUUCCUGUUUCAAAGUUGACAAGGUUGUGGAUAGCUGAAGGAUUUGUACUUGAAAAGGAUAUGAAGAGUUCAGAGGAAGUAGCAGAAGAAUACUUGAUGGAUCUUAUUGGACGAAACUUAGUGAUAAAUUCCAAAAACACUUCUAGAGGAAGGGUCAAAGCAUGCCAUGUUCAUGAUGCAGUACGCAAUUUCUGCUUGCUAAAAUCUAAAGAAGAAGACUUUUUGCAACGGGUACAUGGAACUCAUUCUCCUCACAGUUUCCCUCAGAAGCCUGAGCAACACCGCAUUUCUGUCUGUUCUAAGCAAGUGGACUUUGCUAACUGGAGGCCAUCUGAUUUACCAGUUCGCUCUCUGUUGUUCAAAGCAGUUUAUUAUGUGUCUCCAUAUGACUCAUUUGAUAUUUCAUUUGUUUUAAGACAAUUCAAGCUUCUUCUGGUGCUGGAUCUGGGGUCCCUCAAUAUGGGCAGUUCUUUUCCUAGAGAAGUGCAGUUCUUGAUUCAUCUGAGGUACUUAGCAGUUCGGAUUGGUACUAAUAAUAUACCAUCAUUUAUAGACAAUCUCCGGAACCUUGAAACAUUCCUGGUGAAAGGGACAAGAGGGGAAAUAGCAUUACCAGAUACUCUAUGGAAUAUGGUAAGGUUGAGACAUCUGCAUGUUGAUAAUCGUGCUUCUUUUGCCUUGCUCAAGUACUCCUACCAGCUAGAGAACUUAAAAACAUUUUCUUCACCGAUUCUUGCUCAUGGAGAAGACUCAAUAAAGAUAAUAAGGAGAUUACCCAAUCUUCAAAAGCUGAGAUGCUGGUUUGUGGAGUCAUGGGAGGGUGAGUCAUGGGAGGAUGAUCCCAAGAGGUUUAAGGGGAAAUGCAACCAGUUUCCUGCCUUGGACUUUCUAGCUCAGCUUGAAUCACUGAAAGUGUUUUACUGUGGUCAUCAGGUGCUGCAUCCUUGUGAGUUCAACUUCCCAUCAAAUCUCAAGAAACUGACACUCUCAAAUUUUCGGUUACCAUGGAGUGAAAUUUCAAAAAUUGCAAAGUCACUGCCUAACCUUGAAGUCCUGUAUUUGAAGUUCAGAGCCUGCAAUGAUAAACGGUGGGAGGUAGGAUAUGGGGAAUUCCCUAAGCUCAAGAUUUUGAAAUUAGACAGACUCCAUAUUGAAAAGUGGGAGGCACCAGAGUAUGCCUUCCCCAGAUUACAGCAUCUUGUUCUGCAAAAAUGUAAGCACCUUGAAGAGAUCCCUGCAAGUAUGGAUUUCAUGGACACUCUACAGACCAUUGAUGUGCAUUGGUGCACCCAUUCUGCUGUUUUGGAAAAAUCAACUUGAUGAGCUAGGUAACGAUGGAUUCAAGGUUUCUAUCCAGCCUUUGGAUUGUGAUCCCAGAACAUCUCCUUUAGGAUUCUUGAACAUGCAGUUCAACUCUGAGUAACACUUCAGAUCAAGGAAACACCAUUCGGCUUUGCCAUUUCAAUUAACUUAAAACAAGAAGCUAUGAGCAUCAACACACUUAAAGCUUGGAAUUAGUCUUGGAGCAUUUUACUUGCCAGUCAAUCAGAAGAAAGAGAGAGAGCCAAAACAAAUGAACAUCGCCCCUACAUCAUAGCCUGACAGGAUAGUGGAAGGGUAAAUCAUGGUGACUCAGUGCUGGUGUCUAUAAGGAGCCCACCAUAUUGGUACUAGUAAUACUCACACUGCGGUUGUCAGUGUUCGAUCUUAUGUUCUUGCCUACUAUCUACCACUCAAGAACCAACUAAGAUGCCCGUGCGGACAUCGAAGAUCCUUGUUAGUGCACACUAUUCUGCAAUAGAGGGA